AUGUUCCUACUCAGCUACUUGGUGUUUGCUUCACUUCUGCUUAGGCCGUUGCUAAUCCGCGACGCAGGUAGGACGCAGUUUUUUCGUCACUUGCUACAACAUGAUACCCAAAUGGACUUCUACGAGAUAUCUAUGAUCGCGCCCAUAGUUUUACUUGAAUAA